AUGCCGCUGGAUCAAGUCUUUAUUGGACUUUCGCGCAACCGCAGUUGGAUCAAUGUGGCUCUAAUGCGCUCGGUAAAUCUUUACCAGCCGAACACUUUGCCACCUGAACACCAGCCGAACAACGCCAAUCUUACUGAGAUGAUUGAGGUAUGCUCCAACGGAUUUAGCUGGAAGGAAAAAAAUCUGGAGUACCGCGUUGAACUCGAAAGGUUCUUCGAAAUUUCCACCAAGGGUGACGAGGGAGAACACAUUUUUGGAAUGGCCGAAAUGCAGGACAACAAUGUGAUCUUCGGCGUGGGACUGCAUCGUCUCAACCCCCGAAUGAUGGCCACCGACAUCGAAAUGGCGGAUAUUCGUAUUUUUAUUAAAGCCUCCAAAAGGUAUUCGCUCCACUGCAGCAACUGUGCCAACGAGGUAAUUACGGCGAGGGAGUUCGCCCAAGUCAAGCCCGUGCCGGUGACCACGAUGAAGCCCCAGAACUACUUCUGCGGACGAGGCAAGAUUCCUAUAUAUCCCAUGGAAGAUCAUUUGUUCUUUGGACUAAAUUACCUGGUAGUGCAUCCUAAGGUGGUCGGACCUGGCGUCACCUAUACGCGCGGUCAACGACGUCUGCAGUGCUCUCGUUGCCUCCAGGGCUUGGGCGAAGCUCUGGGCCUCAACGUGGCCGUGCAUCUUUAUGCGGAUGCGCUUCGUGUGCUGCCACGGGUUGAGGAAAAUCCGGCUGUCCAGUUUCUGGAUAUAUUUGGCCACGUGACCGUCACCCAGAUGAUGCUUCGGCUGAUGCACGAUGCUGAACCAAUUAGUCCUGAAAAAGCACGGAUCUUUUUAACGGCUGUACGUCCUGAUGGACAGUUGCAUUACUUGCAGCUCUUGGUGUACACACGAAAAAUUCAACUACUGCGUUCCUCGCUGGCCCCCAAACAUCAGAGUCACCCUAGACGCGGGGCUGCCGCCGAAGCAGAAUCCAGCAGCGAGAGUGACUUUGAGGCAGUAAGUUCGGACAGCAGCAAUACCACUUUUACUCCCGAGGAGGAGAUUGUCCGUCCGGCUGUAUUUAGGAAGCCAAUAAGGGAGCGUCCCCUUAAGGUGGUAAAAUAUGUGGAGGUUAGUGGAUACCGCGCCUACCGUAUUAAGUAUGUGUUCUCCGGCAGCGACCACGAGCUCUCCAACAACCAUGAGGUCAUCGAACAGUGGCGCGAAGAAGGAUGCCGCUUGCUGCGCGUGUCUUAUUACAUGAUGGCCGAUAUUAUGACAGAACUGAAUGCAAAUGAGCAUGUGGUGGCUGCCCUGGAGAAAUCACCGACACCAGUCCAGACCGACCAGCCCCGUGUCAGCUAUAUAAUAUAUGAGACUGACGAGGAAUUCUACGAUAGGCGAAAUAAGAGGUAA